AUGGGACUUGUGCAAUGUGGCUGCUGCACGCCCACCGUCACAGACGAGAUCACUGAUGGUGUUGAGGGUCCGGAGCCUCUUUCAGCUCCUCAAGCAGAUCCUUUGGCCUCCGCUCAAACGCUGGUCUCGUCCCUUAGAACGGGCUCCAGUCCCACCAUGGCUGGUCGGGAAGACAGCUUUGCGACCCUGAUUCCGGAUCGUUCCAGCUUCCGCACCUUGGUGCCGGACCGGGGGAGCUUCAGCACCAUGGUGCCGGAGCGCAAGAGCUUCGAUACCGUGCAGCCCAGCCGCGCGAGCUUUGGCACUUUGAUGCCCGACCGGCUCAGCUUUCAGGCACCGGUACCAGAGUCAGAUGAAGAGGAUGAGGGCUCUGAGUUUGAGGCGAAGCCUCCGCUCUAUGCGGAUUCCUUGGAGGCACAAGCUGCUGUUCCCAAGGCACCGCAGCGAGGUUUCUUGGGCCGCUUUGCAUCGAUUCGUAGAUCGAUGGGUGAGUUGUCCGCACUUCAGAUCACUGCAGAUGUCCAUGCCAGGGCCAUGCGGUAUGCAGAGAUGUCCUCGGCACUCGAGAAGGCCUUGACGUUGGCCGAAGCAUUGGGUGACGUGGUGACCGAAGCCAGUCUUAACAUCAGCUUGGCGCAGGCACAGAUGGGCCUCUUGGAGGUCUCCUCGAUGCAGCCGAAGAGCGACACCUUCCAAAUGCAGGGCGCACUGGCGGCGAAGGCUGCCAAGAGAGCAGUGGCCCUGGCCCGGCGCCAACAGAGGUCAGACUUGAUCAUCUCCGCCCUUUGCGCCCUCUCCCAGACUCAGUUUCUGGUUGGUGAGAAGCAGGCAGCUCGCUCUGCGGCCAAAGCUGCUGCCAGCUUGGCAAAAGGUCAGCCACUGACCGAGGCGACCGCAUUGGUCCUGGCAGCCAACUCGUGCAUUGCCAUGGGCAAAACCGAUGCAGCCAAAGAAGCCGCCAGCAAUGCUCUUUACCUCUUUGAGGAGGUCAAGGACUAUGUGGGACAAGACCUCGCCAAGGCGACCUUGGAUGCAAUAGACAACCCUGUGAGUGCGGUGAGCAUCUCUGGAAAGAUGCGGCUGGUGCGCAAGCGAAAGACCAGUGUGAAUGCAGAGGCUUUACGACAGAAGGUCCGGAACGUGGUGUCCGAGAUCGUUGGUAUGGAUGCCUUAAUGGAUGACACCCCAUUAAUGCAAUCAGGCUUGACAAGUCAGUCAGCGGUGCUUUUGCGCAACGCUUUGUCCAAUGAGAUUCCUGGCCCGAGCCUUCCCUUCACCUUGAUGUUCGACUACCCAUCGAUCACCGACUUGUCGGCCUUCUUCGUAGAGUCAGCUGGUGGAGAAGAAGAGGAGGUGGAGGAGUGGGUGGAAGACACCUCCGCAGCGGGCGCGCGGAAGGCCGGAGGGAAAUACGGGCAACGGCUGUUGCAACGACAACAAAAGGCGGGCGCUUGCCAUAAUCAUCCACCAGAUUUGCUAAAGAAGCUGCUGUUAGGACAUGCUUAA